AUUAACAGAUGUGGUGAAUUGUUUUGUUUUUUUAGCUUAUGGCAUCAACAGUAUUCUGUACCAACGUGGAAUCUACCCACCAGAAUCUUUCACACGUGUUCAGAAGUAUGGACUUACAAUGCUUGUUACAACAGACCUUGUCCUUAACAAUUAUCUGAAGAAUGUAGUUGGACAGCUAAAAGAUUGGUUAUGUAACCACUUUGUCCAAAGGCUUGUGGUGGUUGUCAACAGCAUUGAAACCAAUGAGGUGUUAGAAAGAUGGCAGUUCGACAUUGAGUGUGACAAAACCAUGACUGAAAACAGUGAAGCAAGGGAAAAAUCAGAGAAAGCAAUUCAAGAUGAAAUUCGGUCCGUCAUCAGACAAAUCACUGCCACGGUAACUUUCCUGCCAUUGCUCGAUGCUGCAUGUUCUUUUGAUCUACUGAUAUAUACAGAUAAAGAUCUGGAAGUACCAGAAAUGUGGGAAGAAUCGGGACCACAAUUUAUAAACAAUUCUGAAGAGGUUCGUCUGCGAUCUUUCACCACAACCAUACACAAAGUAAACAGUUUGGUUGCGUACAAAAAAAUUGAUUCUUAUUAAUGAAGCGUGAUGUACAGAAUUGCCUUGUAUAUUAAACUGUGUAUUUAUACAGAUGUUCUACCGUUUAAUGGUUUCACUUUAGUUUUUGUGUUCUUGAUAAUGUAUCAACUGUCUGUUAUAUUUGUCUAAUUUGUUUUUCCAUUUUAAAACUGCAGUUUCUCUAGAGUUGAAGAAUUUUCUUUAACUUUUGUUUCCCAAGUUGUACAAUUCGUAGAUGUUUUAACAAUGUGUAACUAACAACUUUUGAAUUAGAGAUGAGUUUUAAUGAGAUAAUUUGUAGACUGGCAUUUAUUUCAGAGGUUUGGGAGCUAAAAAUAGACUGGUGGUUCUUAAUCAUGUGCUGAAGGACGAGGCGGAAGUACAACUGCUUGUGCUUUUAUAGCUUUUAAUAUAUGUAAUCUCAGUUCACUGAUUCUUCUCCACUCCACCAAAAUCCAUGUUUUAUAUUGGGGGUUUUUUUCCUCCCAGUAAGCAAAUAUAGUCUUCAUCUAUAAAUUGAUCUGAGGUUGGUUUAAUUAAAAAUCAUUUUAGAAUUGUGUUUUGAAAAUGGUAUGGUUAGUCUGAUUAUUAAGAAUCAGGUUGAUGGCAUCUGCCACUGGACUUGACUAGAACAUUUCAACUCUCAUUGAUUUUGAAUAAUCCAGUGUGCCUUCAGCAGACCUGGUGAUAGCAUCAGUUCCUCUCUGACGGAACAGAUAAUCUUCCUAGCAGACCAAAAUCUUUAAUUAUUGCAGUCAUAUAAACAUCUGUUUGCAGUAGAUGUAGUGUACUGUUGUAUGUGCUCUUUGACAACCUGUAAUUGAAUUUCUUUGUUAUUGCAUAUUUGUUACUAUCUUUACAUGAUAUAAAUUAAAAUCAUUGGUUAAUAUAGUCUAACGGAAUGUUUAUUUGUUUAUAUUAAAAAUGCAAGUAUGUUAAACU